UAACAUGUCGCUGUCAGUUAGUGCGUCUAUAAUCAGCAACAAUGGAUCUAUAUUAUUCCUUACUGGGAUUAACAUUUUGUGGGCUCGUAUGUUCACUGCCCUCGUCUUUGCCUUCACCCAGAAUUAUGGGUGGUCAUGAUGCCGUUCCCGGCCAAGUCCCCUAUCAAGCCAUGGUUUGGGCAAAGUUUGAAUCGGCAAACGCGUGGAAUGGCGGUACUCUUUUAGCUCCACGAUAUGUUGUAACGACGGGAGGAACCCUAGUUGAUGGCCUUUAUGGAACUCAAACCCUCGCAGUAGAAGUGUUCCUAGGAAUAACUAACUAUACUGCGGCUGUUGAACCCGGUCGUCAAUUGCUUGUCGCCGAAAAUUGGAAACUUUUGGAAAGUGGCGGUAUCAGUCUGGGUCUGAUAAAACUGGCGACAGAGGCGAUUCUAAACGAAUUUGUCGGGCUGCCCAAAUUACCAAGUGCUGACUACUUUAACGACGACUUUGUCGGAAAGAAAGGCCUCAUCUCGGGUCUUGGUUACGUGCGUGACAAUGUACUGGCUGAUGUUUUGCAAGUAGCAGAAUUAUCUAUUAUGCCGUCGAAGGAAUGCGAACGGUUUUAUGGAAAGAUGGACUGGAACUUCUGGAUAUGCGGUUACGAUCCAGUCAAUUCUGGGCUAACGGACGGCGAUCCAGGUGGUCCAUUUACCAUCGAUGGGGUGCUUUACGGCAUCGGUUACAGUUUCCCCGAAUUUGAUACCGACAUCGAUUACCGUUCAGUCUUCGUAAAGAUAUAUCAUUAUAAGGAUUUGUUAAUAGAGAACAGCGACGGUGAAAUUGUGUUCCCUUAGAGAUACGACGUAAUACAUUUGUGAUU